AUAUCUCAUGACGGAAGAACAUCUGACGGGUUGAAAAGCAGACAAGUGCGUGUUUAUCAUCAACUGUCGUUACUGAGAGGACUUUGUCAACGACAUUCCGCAACAUGGCUGGUGGAUGUACUGUAACUUCCAAGAUCUGUUUAGUAGUGGUUGGACUGAUAUUUUGGGGUGCUGCUGCAACCCUCUGCUUCAUAGGAGCAUGGGUCUACUCAACGUACAGCCACUUUGACGAGGUGACGGAGGCAAGCCUCACUCUGGUGCCAGCCAGCAUCAUCAUCAGCGGGGGCAUCUUCAUGUUCAUCAUCGGGCUCCUUGGCUGCAUCGCUGCAUGUAAGGAAAACAAGUGCCUAUUAGCAGCGUUCUUCUCCCUGAUUCUCCUGGUGUUCCUGGCAGAGGUUGUUGCAGCUACUAUGGGCUAUGUGUUCAGGAAUGAUGUGAGAGAUGUACUUGACACAGGUCUGAAGGAUGCUGUCAAUCACUACAAUGAGACUGCUGAAAAAAAUCAAAUUGACUAUAUUCAGAAAGAGCUCAAGUGCUGUGGGGUUCACAAUGCCUCCGACUGGGCGACCUCUCCAGGCUGGGGGAACACGACCAUGGUUCCAAGGAGCUGCUGUAGGAAUGCAACAAGCUGUUCUCCAUCACUUACAGGAACAGACAUCUAUAAUGAGGGCUGCCUGGACCUGCUGAAGGAUAAAUUCCUGAUGAACCUUGUGUACAUUGCUGCAGUGACUGUUGCCUUCGCCAUCAUCCAGAUCCUCGGCCUCAUCAGCGCUUGCAUCCUGCUGUGUCGAUCGCGCGAUGUACGUUACGAAACACUGGAGAGUGCCCAACGGAACGGACUACGCGUGUAGAGAGCACACCUCCUCAUCAAAUUUCCAUCCAUGGACCAGUCUAGCUGGCCUUGUUUCACAAUGCUCCUAUGUUCACUGGGUAUAUUGAGCUUUAAUGGGACACACAAAGCUUUCCCUUACGGCAACAUGUCACUAGUUGAUAGUUUUGAUGUGACUAGCAUAAUCUUCAACGAAAUAAAUUAGUAAGUUCUAAACAGGAAUAGUGUAUGCUUUGCAGAAAUCCAAAAUUGUAUUUCUGUGUUUGAAGCAUUGUUUUGUUUGAAAUGUAUGACAAGAAAAUUGAAAUUAGGGCCAUGUUUGGUUACUGUGAGUACUAACCAGUUGACGUGUAUCCUCAUAUUAUACAUGUGUUGUUUACAGGAGAAAUUGUUCCCACACUGAAGUGUGGCAAAUCUUAACUUGGAAAUUGAGAAACAGUUAUGAAGGAAACGGAUUGUCCACCUAGCAUGUCUGAUAGACAGGCGACUGUAUGUAAUUCAUGAAUGUAAAUAUGUGUACAUUUUAUUACUUUACAUGUCUAGAUCUGAUAUAGAUUAAUAGCUGUCCGUGUGCAUUGUUGGAUGACCCUACUGUGAUGGACAAAGAUUUGUAAUCAAAUAAGAUUUCAUUCUCUCGAACUCAAAUGCAAGCAGAGGGCAGUUGAAAUUGCUUGCAUGUUGGCAAAGUGUGCAAAAAUAUAUCAUCUUGAGUUGGGGUAAGUUGAUCACCUUGCCAGGAGAUUUGUUUCGCAAAAAUGGAAUUUUUCCUGGUUUAAAUUUUUUUUAUUUUAUCAGUACACGUUCAGAAUAUUAUUAACUUUGGACAGGACGUUGUUCAAUAGUAUUACCAAAUCUGAAUAAAACCUUUGACAUUUUGGAUGACAAGCAUCAAUGUCCAAGAAAAUGAACUGAUUUGAAACCCUGAGUUGGUGGCCGGUGGUAGGAGACCCCUUGUCCUGUUGACUUGUUAAAGGGAGACUGCUCCAAAAUCUGCUGCCAAUUUCCAAUUUAUAAUAAAUUAAUCCAAUUAAUAAGUAGUUAAUUAAUAUGUAGUGUCUUAUGUGAGCCUAAGACAUUGUUUCUGUGUAGUUAGGUUAAUGAUCAACUGUAAGAUUGAUACUCAUAACAAAACUUGAAGUAGCAGACAGACAAGGAAUAACCUGCGUCAAACUUGCUGGUACUGCCAAUUUACCUGAGCCAAGUCUCCCUUUAAGAGUGAGUACGGUUUUAGGCCGCUUUUAGCAAUACUCCCUCAAUAUCACGGCAGGGGAAACCAGAAAUGGGCUUCACCCAUUGUCCCCAUGUGGAGAACCAAACCCGGGUCUUCGGCUAGAACAAAUGAGCUGUACCUAUUAUGUUAUGUUUGAAGCAUUAUAAUUUCAGUUGCUAGUUGUUUUAGUUGGGACUUCUGGACUAGUGCUAGUUGCAAGUCUAUGACAAGUAUGGGAGCUGAAGUAAUGGUGCCUAUUCUAUUCUAGUUUAAUCUAGUUUGGGAAUAUGGUUAUUUGCACGAAGUCUCAGAAUUAUGAUUGUAAUAUUACAUAUAUAUUUUCCCCCUGUAAUUGGAUUUUGCUGUUGUUUUAUUUAUCAGCCAACAUUUAAGCAAUUCUUUCAUGACUGAUUAUCCUUGUAUCUAGUACAUUUUAAGUUAAGACCUCACAUACCCUCAUUAUAUAUCCCUGUAGUUGACACAAGUAUAGAUAUCAUAUAUUACCAACAGAGGCUAUGAAGAACUACUUUAACACUUGUGAUUGUCUGUGCCUUGUGGUUCAGGGAAGAGACGAUAGUCAGGCUGUAGUUGAAGAACUCUCUUGUCCUUUACUAAGUUAGAUCAUGGAAGCAUUUGAAUGAUUAUACCAUGACAGGUGUGUUUUGAUACAAGGGAAGGCGAUACAUGCCAGCCCUUCUGUGUGGUUUAGUGGUUGUGAGAAAUGACACUUCCGUGUUCUACUUCAUCCUGCAUCAUGAUCAUCACCACCUACAACUGCACCGAGCAAGUGAUAAGAAGUUACGCGUGAAAUGUGCUUUAAUCAGUGUUAAUGUCCAUUGGUUUCUAAUUUGCACAAAUAUUAUGUCUCACACCUCUGUGUUGUGCGAGAAAUUAUUUGAUGAUGUUUUGAUGUAAGUAUUUAUUAAUUUCUGUUGUUUUUUAAUUGUGUUGUCUUUCAUAACUUUGACAGCUGUGUAGAGCUAGUGCUGCUGUAUGUGGGUGUUAGGGCUGGGACGAGUCCAAAUUUACUACCCGGGUACCCGAAAGGAACAUUUUUAGCAUAGCCCUGGCAAAACGUAUUAAGAUACAUGUAUUAAACAAUCUGGUCAUGCAUACACUGAAUUUGAUUUGAGUUAUAUCUUUAUUCAACCAUAUGAAAAAUCAGAAGGAAUGGGUGCAUAGUCAGAAAGAAAUGCGAACAUUAUUGACUUGUAGUGUAACCAUAGAGUUCUAGAUAAUUUUUGUCAUUAAACAAUAUAUCACGUGGUUAACCAUGGGUCCGGGUAGUCCUGUUGGUACCCGGGUCCUACUCAGUACCCACCCAACCCGGGUACCCGAGUUACCCGUCCCAGCCCUAGUGGGUGUUAACAGUGACAAGAGAAUGCUGUUAUUCAAGUCAAGGUUUCUUUCAAUACAUGUAUUUCUUUACCUCUGGUAGAUCAAACCAUGUGGUGGUCUCAAAAGGGAAACCUUUUUGAACAACAGAACACACAAUAAAGCAUGUAAUACUUUCCUUUUUUCAGCUACGUUAAUAUGAAAUGGUCAUUCAUCUGUGUAAAUGUUUACCCUUGUCAUUUUAGCCCACCUUUUUUCAGUGUUUUACAAGUGUAUAGUUAACUAGUGGUGUAUUCUUGGGGUGAAAUGAUGCAUUUUUCUGUAUCGAUACAACACGAUUCACUUGUGAAAUAAAUAACUUGAUUCUAGUUUGACGACCCCUGGCGUUUUUGUCAGUCAAUUAUUACAAAAUAGGUUGUAAUUAGCGUAUGAGGUUUAAUAAUAAACAUAGCAGUUACGAACAAGUUUUCCUUUUGAACCUGCUCUGAAAUAUUUAUUGUCAAAAAGUUUCCAUGCAAUUUGACAUAAAUAUGCGUAGCGCAAUACAUAUCGCAUCAUGACCUCUGUAUCGUGAUACGUAUCGUAUCACAUCCUUGCUGUAUCGUUUCACCCCUAGUAUGUUCCUCCAUUUGGUAUCACUAAUUGCAUUUUCAGCUUCACACAGCACAUGUAAAUAGUUAGGCCUGUCAUACAUUUACUUUAACAUCAUGUGUUAUUGUCAGUGCCCAGAUGCACAGCAGGAAAAUCAUCACAAUAAUUUACAAAGUCUUGCCAAUGGUGCGGUAAUCCCAAACCUCCGCGCCCCCCCACAGGGAGUCCUGUGUGCAGUGGUUGUCAGCUGAGUAGAGUAAGGAUGAGGUUGUCACAGUGAGUGUGUCCUCAUGAACCGAGGAUGUGGAUGGUUGCUCAGGCAACGAUUGAUCAUGUACAGGUCAUCAGGAGUGUGUCCUCAUGAACCGAGGAUGUGGAUGGUUGCUCAGGCAACGAUUGAUCAUGUACAGGUCAUCAGGAGUGUGUCCUCAUGAACCGAGGAUGUGGAUGGUUGCUCAGGCAACGAUUGAUCAUGUACAGGUCAUCAGGAGUGUCCUCAUGAACCGCGGAUGUGGAUGGUUGCGCAGGCAACGAUUGAUCAUGUACAGGUCAUCAGGUUACGUAUCACUGGACAAGAGGGCUUCAAGUGAAAGAGAUCCAAGGGGCUGAGGAAUAAGCUUAAUGAAAUGGUGUAAUUUGACAACUAAUAUGAAAUACUGACAGUGUACUCUUGUGAAGUUCUGAUCUAUAUUGUAUGUAUACUCAGUGUUCUGAUGGCCUCAUGCUGGCAUGGUGACCCCUUGGUGUCGAUGAGAGGUGGCCCACUGCUGGCCUCAGACCAACAUCAGUCCUCUGGCACAGUCAGAUAGAUGACCUCAAUAUAGUUGACUGUAUUUGAAACUGAAAACAAGGAAAUGAUUUAAUUUAAUUCUUUUCAGAAUGUUGUUUCACAUUGGCUUGAUGUAGAGAUUUGUUUUGAAAAGUCGUGAUGUAGGUCAAGUGGCCGAUCAUCCCUCUCCUGAGUGUCAUGUGCUGUGUAGUAUGGCUUUCAUCACUGUCAUGUGUGUAGCUGUGUGUAGCUGUGUGUAGAAUAAACCAUGAACAUCA